GGACUUUGUUGACAUGUGACCAGCAUGUGAGCACUAACCUUGUGCAGGCCGUGUGCAACCAAAGUACACUCUCUCUCCCGUCAGUUUCUGGUACAAAACCGCCUGAUUAUCUCUCUUUCUCUACGGAGCUCCACUUGAGAGCCUUGACGACUGACGACCCGUAUUCACGUGCGAUUCCACAUACUUUUCUCAACAGUUGCCUGUUCACUGCAUCAAACGUCAUCAUGAACUCAAGCAAAUUGCCACAGUUGUAUUCUUACUGGAGAAGCUCUUGCUCUUACCGGGUAAGAAUAGUGUUGAAUUUGAAAGAAAUAGACUACAACACAGUACCCAUUGAUAUCUUCAAAGGGGGUGGAGAACAGUUCAGUGAUAACUAUCGUCAAAUAAAUCCAAUGAAGAAAGUUCCUGCCUUAGUAAUUGAUGGACACACAAUUGUAGAAUCGCUCAAUAUAAUGCAGUACUUAGAGGAAACGAGGCCACAAAAAUCACUCAUGCCAUUAGAUGUUCUCAAGAGAGCCAAGGUCCGUGAAAUUUGUGAAAUGAUCCAAUCAGGGAUACAGCCACUACAAAAUGUAGGUGUUGUGUCUCGUUUUGAAAACUUUGUAAAAGAAAAUCAAGAAAGUAUCAAAUUGGAAUGGGCACAAUAUUGGAUUAUUCAAGGAUUUACAGCUCUUAAUGAAGUUCUGACUGCCUCAGCUGGCAAAUACUGUGUUGGAGAUGACAUAACACUAGCAGAUUGUUGCCUCAUCCCUCAAGUUUACAAUGCAAGAAAGUUUAAAGUUGAUAUGCAGCAAUUUCCUAAUUUAUCUAGGGUUGCAACACAUCUGGAGAAUCAUCCAGCAUUCUAUGCUGCUCACCCCUCCAACCAACCCGACUGUCCGCAAGAAUUUAAAACCCAUAAAAUCUAAAAUAGUCCAUCGCACAAACCAAAAAUAUCUUAGGACAGAAAAGAUUUGUAUUCUUUUAAUGGUAAUAGUACAAGUAAAUGGAUUGGUAAGUCAGGAAUAGUUGUGUUCCCACAUUUCAUUCAGGAAAGUAUCACAGUGUAAUAGAAUAAAUAUGAAAAAUAUAA